AUGGGAUCAGGAUGUCGUGGAAAUCGACCACGAGUGCCAGGUUGUGAGUGUCAGAACUGUGCUUGUGCCGUUGCAAGAACGCACCCAUCACCUGUAAUGCGACCAGCUGAUCGUAGUGCAAUCGUUCCGUUGGCCGUUGUACACCCAGUGGCGGCACCAUCAUACAUCUCGUCGCCAACGCCCAGAGAUCCAUUCAGUCAAUUGGGAAACUCAUACACGUUACACUCGAAUCCACCAGAAUCCCCUUUCUACACGCCAGCUACCGGAGCGAUACGAACAGUGGAGUCAAGAGUGUUUGAACCAGAACCCCCAUCUUACCAGGAAUCAAGAAAACCAUCGGCACAUUUAACGCAGUCUCAAAUCCAGGAAUCAGCCGUUGCAGAGCAUUCCCCCUUGCCACCAGCUUACGAACCCACUCAGCUGCCACCUCAUGACCAGAAGAACAUACUAGUGACAGCGAGUGGUUAUAUUGCAGAACGUCCGAACCUCAUUCGAGCCCCUGCUGUGCCACCUUCUCAAGAUGUUGGAAUGACCAAUAAAGGAAUCACCAGUCUGUCAUCUCGCGGCUCAGCUUACCAAGAAACUUUUGUACCGGUCAUGCGAAUGAACGAGACCACGGCUUCACCACCGCAGAUGGCUGACCAACACCCCAAGACAUACAGUCUGGGAAAAGUAGGUACCGCAGGCAUCGCUGAUUCACGCUAUGGCAUGCAAUCCGGACAAAUACAGGAAUGUUCCGGUUUGAUGGUACGUAUGGUGCACGGCAAGUCGAUCGUAGCAGCCACCGAGGAAUGCCUCAAAAUAGGUUGUGAGGCAAUAAAUGCGCAGUCACUACCUGACUACGCGUACAUGGUAAGGGACCGUCCCGACUGUGAAAAGGAUGAGUUCUACGUUUGCCUUGACGAAGCCGUUAGUUCAGUUUCAGAAGGAGACUAUCUCACUAUAGCGGGUGAUCUAAAUGGCCAUGUCGGCAUCGAAUGGAUAGGCUUAGAAAAGGUUCAGGAGGUAGAGAAAAAGGAGUCAGAGACCAUAGGCCACGGCUUAGUAGCCUGUCCUUCACUGAAUGGAUAA